GUGGGUGUGUGCAGGGACACCACAGCUGGUUGGAUGAGUUUGGAGAACUGCACAAACCGAGGGGAGCGUUCUCACACAGGUACACACAGGCUGUGGUCAAAGGUCCCAGGUUUAAACCUGAGCCGUCCCCUCCCUCCCGUCAGAUGAUGGCUGCAGCAGAGUCCGGCCCCCUGACCACCCACGUGCUGAACACUGCCGACGGCGUCCCGGCCGCCAGGAUGGCCCUCAGCCUGCACCGGCUGGACUCCAGGCUGAUGAUCUGGACCAUGCUGAGUGUUGGGACAACAAAUAAAGAUGGCCGCUGCCCCGGACUCAUCAGCAGAGAAACGUUCACUCCCGGCAUGUACAAGCUCCGCUUUGAGACCGGGGCCUACUGGGACAGCCUGGGUCAGACCUCCUUCUACCCUUAUGUAGAGGUUGUGUUCACCAUCAGUGAGCCGGAGCAGAGGUUUCACCUCCCUCUGCUGAUGAGCCGCUUCUCCUACAGCACCUACAGAGGAAGCUGAAAGCUCGGAUUUCUGCGGUUUCACAGAUUUAUGGCUUGAUCUCAUGCAGACUGAGACCAGUCAGGUUUCUCUUCUUUCGUCUUUGACUCAGGUGUUAUUUUGUGCUGCGUUUGUUGACUGUUGAGUUCCACUUCAUGAGUAUAUUUACACCAAUUAACCAGAACAUUAAAACCUGCAUUAUAGCCUCAAUUAUACUCUGUAGUUCUCCUUGCUGGGCAGUAUGAAUAGCUCAGGACUUCUGCAGGUGUCCUGUGCAGUUUGGCACCAGGAUUUUGAGCCCCCCAUGGAGCAGGUGGAGGCCUCUGUGGAUCUAACUGAAGGCAGGGAACCUGGGAGUUUUGAAGCACCACUUUGUGGUGUGGUGAGGUGGGAAGGCCAAUUUUUAGGUGGGUAAUACAAGUUUGUGUAACCAACACUUUGUGUUGUCACAUGAAGAUCAGUAUUAUUCACUUCAGCUGUCAGUGGUUUUAAUGUUGUGGUUGAUCAGUGCAUAAAUGUAUGCAUAAAUAUCUUAAUCAUCAUUAGGUCUCAUCAUUAAACUUUUAAAAUCUCUAAUAAUGUUUAAAUCAACAGUGCAUACAUGCAAACACCUGAUUUAUUUAUUUCUCAUGGCUACUGAUACGUUUCCUUUAAUCUGCCUUUAGUGUAGCUCUUUAGUGUAGCUCUUUAGUGUAGCUCUUUAGUGUAGUCUAAAAUAAAUCCAUUUCUAUAAUUGAAUAAUUAAUUUUAAGUCAUUUUCUAAGAAGGGAUCCAAAACAUUUGGUUUCAGCUUCUUUUCUGUAUUUGCUGCUUUUCUUAGAACCAGCAGCUAGCAGUCAGCACCGGAAGUAUUUGUCCCCUUUUCUAAGGUUUAGUACACCAAAUGGUAACACAUAAUAAGAAUAAUUAAUACUUAGUUUCAGCUGAAACUUUAAACUUUUUUCCCACAAAUAAUUUCCGUUUAAUUGAAUAAUAACGUUUGCUUUAAGUGGUGUAACAGUGUAUUUAAAAUUAAAUAUAAACAUGUAUUAUUGAGCGUUAUAAAUGUUUCCUGAGUGUCAUUGAAAAAAAGCGAAGUCACCGCAUGUUUUGGUAACAGUACCUGAGGCAGCCUUUCUGUCUCAGCCAAUAAGAGACAGCCUGCGCUAUGAGGACCUGUGUGAUGCCUGAGUGUAAUAAAGUCAUA